AUGUUUCUAUCAAGAGAUCUAUUGUUAAAAAGUCUAUUGAAUAAUAAUCAUAGUAUUACUAUUCAGCGUACAUUUGCUCUUUCAUCGAUACAUUUUCGAAGACGCAUCAAACAUCCAACAUAUCAAUAUUUUCCAUAUCAAAAAUAUGAUAGUGCUAAUCCAAUUCCACAUAGAGACCGAGUACCUGUUUGGAGUCGACUCCAAUUAACAACAAAAAUGGCUAGUGAACAUAAACCUGGCGGUCAUAAACUUUGGCAUGCAAUGUAUAUGGCUCAUCGUGGCGUACAAAUGCCUGGUUAUUUCGAUCAUCAAACUGCUAAAUUUGUCUAUGUUGAAGAAAUGGAACCAGAAUUAGUUGUACCUGAUCUAACUGACUUUAAAUUAAAACCAUAUGUAUCUUAUGAUGUAACAGAUAUCAAACAAGAUCAAUUUUUAGCACGUGAUUUAUUCAAUGCAACAUAUGCUAAAUCAAUAGUAGAUGAAUUUAAACGUGGUCAAAUCAAACCAAUCGAUGAUAAUAAUGAAGAGAAUACAGAAAAAACUAAUUCUUUGUCUUGA